CCAAUGUCCCCUCUUGGUUCCACACCUUCCUCUCGUCCUGUUCCAGUCUGAUCCCCUCAUCCUUCGUCAUGGAGCGUGCUUUUUCUUCCUGGCCUCAAGCAGCCAGCGUUCAUCCCAAACAGUCUGAGCAGUCCAAGGACAAGCCCAAGAAGCCCAGGCAUCGCCAUACAGCGGCUCAAUUAGCAGCUCUUAACGAGCUUUAUGAUAAAAACGAGCAUCCUGCUCUUGAUGAGCGGACCGCUUUAGCAGAACGUCUUGGAAUGGAGACAAAGACAGUAAAUGCCUGGUUUCAGAACAAACGAGCUUCGACGAAAAAGCGUCAUCGGAGUGGCAUAGCUCCUAUUCCCACUUACGAUAUCCCGCCUAUAUCCUCCCUGCUCACGUCUGCCUCUUCCUCUACAUCUACCCCUCCCGGUCCAAACGAUAUUGAUGAUUUGGCCGAACCCGAGCAGCAGCAACAAUCUGCGUUUUACGCGGGGAAUCCAGAACAUCGGCACAUUUAUGAGACAGCCCCCGCUGAAAUGCCAACCCGUCCUCGCAUGCGCCAGCGGCCUACGUCCCAGCAGUCGGACGAACUCAAAAAAUUUUAUAACAGCAAUCCUCAUCCGACUAAGGAAGAGCGGGAGGCAUUAGGGGAACGUAUUGGAAUGCGCUAUCAAAGCGUGACAAAUUGGUUCCAGAACCAAAGGAGUAUGGCAAAGAAGCGCCAAGAGGAGGAUAUGGAAGUCGCAGCUUCACCAUCUCAGCAGUCGGGCUCGCAGCAUUCUGCCGACUCUAGAACAUACUCUUCCUACCCACCCGCAUCUGAACAUCCUUCGCUACUUCCGGCAUCGCAUCACCCAUCUUUGGUCGCCAUAUUGAGCAGGGAGACAAGAUCACCUAGUGCACCACCAUCAAAUGCAUCUGUAUCUUCAAGAGCAUCACCGUAUCGAAACCUGAUUCCAUCACAGCGUCCUCGCCGAACACGGCCAGAGCCCUAUCAGCUCGAUGCCCUUCAAAAGUUGUAUGAUCGCACCUCCAAUCCAUCCAUCGAGGAGCGCGGAGCUUUGGCGCUUGCUGUCGGAAUGGACCUUACGAAGGUCACAAACUGGUUCCGAAAUUUGCGACAAACUGCUCGCAAGCGCACCAGGAAGACAGGAGACGAUGGUGACACUGACAGUGUUCAAUUGGAUUCUGCGUCUGUUUCCCGCGCCGUGACGCCAUCAUUCACGUCUUCAUCCUCUUCGGCCGGACAUGAACACGACCAUGGGAUGGAAACGGAGAUGGAUGAGAACGACCGCAUAUCAGUUCCUAUGGAAGAUGAUGCAUAUGAAAGGCUUGAUCAUACUCAUGUUCAUUCGGACAUUGGCAGCGACGAUGAGUACCAGGAAGCUGUCACGCCUCCCCUUGGAUCCUCCCCUUCGCCUUCUCCAAAGCCCUCGUUUGUCCCUGCACCCUUCAUUGCCCCGCCAGUACCACACCAUGUCGCAGUUGGGGCAGGCAUGGAUAUAGACCCGGUCAAAUACGCUGAGCUGCAGAAAAUUCCAGGUCGUAUAUCAGGCGUCAAGGUCGAAGACGCUUUGUUAUUACUAAGUUUCCAUCAUCAUAUUGUGCACUAACAAGUGAUCUGAUGCAGUCAUACACGCAAUCCGUUCUGAUCCUUGCACUUCAUCGAUUCCUAUUAGUCCUCUAUUCGUUCACUGAUGCAUCAUCGCCACCUAUUAUCAAGGUUCCAAGGUUCCCUUUGCUCUGUGUUAGCGUGAUAUCUUACGAUGCACCAUAUUUCAGUCAGUGGAAUACCUUGCACUGUAUUUGACCUCAUCAUGGCAUGCUGGUCGUUUUAUUUAUGUUUAUUGCUCAAAUAUCAACCUUUACAUGUGCAUUGCCAAAAACACAUCCUGCAUUUCCCUGGUUCACCACUUCCAUGUCUCCGUCUUGUCGCUGUUUGUUUUACCUUCUGCGUUGGUCCCAUCAUAUAUUCGUACGUGCUUCGCCAUACCACUUUUGUAGCUCUUGCAUGAUGCAAAUCGUGAUGCCUGCUCU